AUCUUGCAAGUUUUUGUGAAGCUGAAGGCUGAAGCGAAGAAAUACAAACAGUUUUUUUUUCUCCAUCAAGAAAACAAAAUCCCUAAACACUCCAUCAUUCAAUUUCAUCUUCCUCGUGCUGCCCGACAGCCAAAUCAAGCUCCAUAUUGACAGGAAAACAGGGCUGGGGAGCAGUGUACAAUCUUAUAUUGCCAUUUGGCACAUGGUUCUUUGGAAAAGUAAGAAGACAGAUUACACUCUUGGUGAUUUGGGUUUUAGCUGUCUGUAAUGGAUAUGGUUUCAGCAGAAGGUAGAGUUUCAUAUUCAUCGAUUUCCAAUGUAGAAAAGCAGAAUGGAAAAUUUCAUGCCGUCAAAGACUAUGAUGAUGCUUCCUGGGCAUUGCCAGAUAACCCAAACCUCAAGAAAAAUGACUAUUGUUAUUCAUACCCAUCACUAGAGUCUGAUUUAGAAGAUGGAGGAUAUGAUUCCAGUGAUGAUCAGUAUAGCUAUGAGUCACAGGGUGGUCCUCCUGAGGUUAACUUGAGAAAUGUGUUGAGUGGGAUGUUUGCCAUCAUUACAGGACGUAAGAAAGAUGCAGUUGGUAAUGUAGUCUCUCAAAUGCCUAGUUCAAAUGUUUCAUUUCUUGGAUCUGGAAAGAAUGGAGAAACAUUCUUGCACUCCUCUGUAUACAUACCCAGUGCUCCUCCUCUCAUGGAGCCAAAUGCAUUUGACUAUACUGCUUACAAGGAAGUGUUGGAAGCUGAACCUCCAGAGUGGCUUAAAGACAGUUCAACUACUGUUUGCAUGCAGUGCACUGCCCCCUUCACUGCUAUAACUCGCGGAAGACAUCAUUGUCGGUUUUGUGGAGGAAUAUUUUGUAGAGCUUGUUCAAAAGGAAGAUGCUUAUUACCUGUAAAGUUUAGGGAUAGAAACCCACAACGGGUUUGUGACACCUGUUAUGAGAGGCUUGAUCCACUGCAAGGUGUACUUAUCCAUACCAUCAGCAAUGCUAUGCAGGUCGCAAAGCAUGAUGUCAUGGACUGGACUAGCUCAAGAGCCUGGCUAAAUCUUCCAGUGGGUUUCUCCAUGGAGUAUGAGAUAUACAAGGCAUCUAAUUCAUUGAGGAGUUAUGCUCAGGUUGCUCGGUUGAACCCUGAGAGGUCCAUACCUGCAGCUGUUCUGAAAGGAGCCAGAGGUCUAGCAAUAUUGACUGUUGCCAAAGUUGGUGCUCUUCUUACUUACAAACUUGGGACUGGGCUGGUAGUUGCCCGAAAAUCAGAUGGAUCGUGGUCUGCACCAUCAGCAAUAGUCUCAAUUGGUCUUGGGUGGGGUGCACAGGUUGGAGGUGAGCUCAUGGACUUAUUAAUUGUGCUACAUGACGUUAAAGCUGUGAAGACAUUUUGUAGUCGUAUGCACUUUUCUCUUGGUGCUGGCUGCAGUGUCGCAGCAGGUCCAGUUGGGAGGGUUGUGGAGGCAGAUAUGCGUGCUGGAGACAAGGGUUCUGGGAUGUGCUAUACUUACAGUUGUAGUAAAGGUGCAUUUGUUGGAGUCUCACUCGAGGGAAACUUCGUUGCAACAAGAAUGGAUACUAAUCUUCGCUUCUAUGGCGAUCCAUACCUUACCACCGCCGACAUCCUUCUUGGGACGGUGGAACGACCUAGAGCCGCCGAACCAUUGUACAACGCCCUUAAAGAACUCUAUGCCAAGCUUCCACCCCAGAUUAGCACGAGUCCUUUUGAUUCUUGAACUUCUUUUGCACCAUAUGCCUGUGCUCUUUUCAAGCAUUGACUCUUAGUUGAUGAAAAAUUGUACAGUUUGGUUCAGGACAAUAAACCAGCAUCUGAACCAGGAUAAUGGUUCCUUGCAUUAAGUUACACACAAACAGUUGUACAUACAUACAUACUAGCAACGUAUAUGAUUGUAUAUAUUCUGAAAAUGUGAAACCAGUUACUGUUACUUUA